CUUUCCACUGUUUGACAUACGACAAGUGGUGACUUAUUUGCGGAUCGCGGAGACAUUUUUUAUUUUUAUACACAAAUGUCAAAUUUUCGGUGAAAAGUUGGUGUUUUGUUCAUUUUCUUUUUAGAAGUGUCCCCUAGCAAAUUUAUAGAAAAUGAAUAAAUUGAAACCGGCCCAAAAGGAUAAAGUGCGAAAGUUCAUAUCGCUCACCCAAACCGGAGAACAAACAGCUAUUUAUUGCCUAACACACAAUGACUGGAAAUUGGAUUUGGCCAGCGACAAUUAUUUCCAGAAUCCCGAACGAUAUUAUCGCGAGCUUGAUCGCAGGAAUAUAGAAGCGCUUUUUAAUAAAUACCGAGAUCCGAACGAUCCGUCAAAAAUCAGCUCAGAUGGCGUCAUACGUUUUUUGGAUGACCUUAAUUUAAGUCCCGAUUCAAAAUUAGUCCUAAUCAUAGCGUGGAAAUUUCGUGCCGAGACACAGUGUGAAUUCACGAAAGAGGAGUUCGUCAAUGGAUUCAUUGAUUUAGGUGUAGAUAGUAUAGAAAAAUUACGGGCUAAGCUGCCGGCAUUAGAAAAUGAACUUGUGGACGCCAACAGGUUCAAGGACUUUUACCACUUUACGUUCAAUUAUGCAAAGGAUUCGGGACAGAAGGGCCUAGAUCUGGACAUGGCCAUAGCAUAUUGGAAGAUCGUACUGCAAGGACGUUUUAAGUUUCUGGAUUUAUGGUGCAAAUUUUUAACGGAAAAGCAUAGAAGAUCAAUACCAAAAGAUACAUGGAACCUUUUAUUAGAUUUUGCAUCUCAUAUUGAUGAUAACAUGACAAACUACGAUUCAGAGGGUGCUUGGCCAGUACUUAUUGAUGACUUUGUGGAAUGGUGUCAAGAAAAUUACUUUAGACAUAAAACUAUUACGAAUUCACCAUUUCAAUCUCCACAUAGUACAAAUAUGAACUAUGGCUAACACAACCACAAUUUAUAUAUUUACAUAAAAUAAUUAUUAAUAAAAAAAAAAUAUAUAUUAUGUUUGUUUUUAAUUAAGAUACGCAGUUUUACUUUUUAAUGAUAAUUAUAAUCACGAUUAUGAUAUGAAAUCAUUUUCUUUCAUUUUUUCUCUCGUGUAGAUAAAAACAAGAACAGAAAAAGUAAUAAUCUCAUGCGACAGAAAAUACUGUAAAAAUAAUGAAAUUUCUAAAUAAACAUCUGGAAAGAAAAAAACAAACAAACUAAUUGAUGAAAUAAAAAGAUAUGUAGAUUUGCAUUUGUUACUAUUUUUUGUUGAAUAAAUUGAGAUUUGUUUCUUAAGGAUUA